AUGACGUCCUCCUCCUCCGAUGGCGGCUCUUCUAGGGUUUCGAUUCCCAACAAUCUCCGUAAAACCCUUCAAAGUAUCAGAGAGAUUACCGGAAAGCAACACUCCGACGAAGAUAUCUUCGCCGUCUAUAAGGAAUCCUUCAAUGAUCCUCACGAGACCGCACAAAAGCUCCUCUUUUUAGAUACAUUUCAUGAGGUGAAAAGUAAAAGGGACAAAAAGAAGGAGAGUGUAGUGCCAACUAACCAAGGAAGUGGUAGAAGUGGACAGAGGAACUCUUAUCAAGAUGCAGGUAACGGAAGAAGUGCAUCUUUUAAAAGGGAGAGUGGAGGCAAUCAUGUGGCAAGAGGUUCUAGAACUCCCCCACCUGCCAUUAACAAAGCAAGAAACCUCGCAGUAUCUCGUGCAGUAAAGGUCUCUGGUCCUCCCAAUCUUCCGAGUGGGGUAAGCAAUCAUAAAGUUCAAGAUGAUUGCACUGCUACUGUGAACAAGGAACUUGCAGAGAAAAAUCAUCUUUCUAAGUCUGCUUCUUUCUCCGAGGAUUGUGUUGAGCCAGAGACGUGUAAAGCAAUUUCAGAACCAGUUGCUGUACCUGUAUCAGUUUCUGUUGUACAAAACCAUAUAGUACAAGAUGUAACUUCUGCUCAAAUCUCACAGCCUGUUGCGAACAACCAGCCAACAGAGUUGCAAUCAUCUGCACUUGGUCAAUAUGAUCCUUCUUUGAUUUCUGCUUCUCAUUGCAGUGGCCAGUCAGAUCAAGUCGUCACCAGAAAUGAGACUGCAUCCAGUAAAGUCAAAGCUCAAUCGCUUCACAAGUCAAAUGUUGGCGAACGGUCGCAUGUAACAUUUCCGUUCCACCUUCAGGUUGCUGAAGUACUUCAAAAUGGUCUGACGUUUGGCAGUUUUGAUUCUAAUAUUGUGAAAGAGGCAUCCUCUAACAAUGGUGCCAGUGGCGGUGAUGACUCAAAUUUUGAGGCUUCUCAUGUGACAAGAGAUGAUGAGGGAAAUUCUUAUCUCACUACCAAUGGUAUUCCUAGAGAAGGAGCAUCAUCUUUUUUUGAAGAUAACGAUCAUGGGAUUUCAAACUUAGCACCUGGAUCUGAGCUUGUGCUGCACUCGGAUCACGUUGUCCCACCUGUAGGAAAUGAACCGAGGGAGGAAGCUUUACCGAACACACAAACUCAUCAAAUUUCUUAUGGUCAAGAAGCUCCAUUCAGUGUGUUUGGUCUUGUCCCCUCGUUGUCAGCAUUAGGCCAACCCUUAAACACGGAAUCAGCAGAGACUCAGCCUGGAAAUUCCAAUGCUCUAGCUAUAUCAUCAGCAUCAUAUCCUCCAGAUCAGCGCUCCAUUGCAGCAGCGUCUCAUCUUUUUAGGCAACAAUACCAUCCCAGUUUCUUUCCUUACGGUCCUUAUUACCCACCGUUUUUUAUGCCACCACCAUACAUUCACCAGUACUUGAGCCCAAACGGAAUCCCUCAACAGUCUUAUUUUCCACCAGCAGCUGCUCUAGCUGCACCUACCCAUAUAAAUCCAGUAGGCGACACUGAGAACUCUCCCACCACAAAUCCAUCCCCACAUGCUUCUUCCACAGACGCUACUCACAUCCCAUCUGCAACCGUAUCAGAAAAUACUUCACCACUGACUGAAAGUGCAGCUGCGUGGAUAGUGCAGGGACUUGGCAACCUGCAGGUGAAUCCAAUGUACAACCUAGCCCUGCAAGGUCAGCCACUUGGUUUCCCAUACUUGCAUACUGGUCAUGGUGGGCUCAUGGGAAUACACCAACCAACACAGCCCAUGGCUGCUGCUUCAACUACAUAUCAGACCUUACCGCCACCGCCACACACCACAACGGCUAUGACUGAACCCAUAGGAAACCCACACAUUGCUUAUCAGCAACCUAAUCAGCAACCUCAAGCUGCCCUAACGAAUUGGGUCAACAACUAUUAG